AUGGACCAACAUAAAACUUAUAACGAGAAACAACUCGACUACUCUACAAACAGAGAUUUAGAGAAACAACCAAACCACGCAUUGGAUCCUGUUGUCAAAGCACCCACCAUCAAAGCUUCCACCCAAGAGAAGCAAACAUUUAUCGACCGUAUUCAAAGCUCAAAUGUGUUUAAUAUAGUGUUUGGUGGCUCAAUGGGUAUUUUGAACCCCAAUCCAGGGCUUUCGAUAAUCAUUGGAACAAUGGUCUCCAUCUUUGUUGUACAACACUUAGCAUUGAAAAAACGCUUGUCGAGCGAUAUUACAAUUAAGAAAUGGCUAGGUUCCAUUAUCACCUUGCAUACAAUCGUGGAGUUGUUUGUGAUCAUUUUGGCAUUGAUGAAGGUAAUACAAACUAUUGCUAGCAAUAUAUGA